AUGACCUCGCAAAUCCCCACGCCAACCCUCCUCCUCAAUUCCCUCCCUCCCAAAACCCUCAUUGGCAUCGACCUCCUCUCCUUCACCUCCACCCCUAAUUUUCAUGGUAUAAAAAACCUCCCUCCCGGACCCCACUUUCUAUUCAUAGGCGCGACGGAGAGUUUUUCGCUACGGAAUGGGGAGUGGUUUUUCAUACCUCGACACCGUGCCGGAAAUGGUAGGGGUAGUAGCCCGGCGGCGGGGGAAAUAGAUAUACGUCUCCGCCAAUGGGAUGCGGGUGCUGAAGCACUUAUCCCCAUAGAUGAAAGCAGUGAGGCGGGGAAGCGAGAUGCUAUGAAGCUGCGCGCGAAUCUGGGACGAAUAUGGGCGAGCGGGGGUUUGUUGGCGUAUGAUCGAGCGAUGGAAGAACAACGGCAACGAGCGCAAGAUAAUAAUCAUCCGCUUAAUAGUGUGGGAGAUUAUCACCGGCAACAAAAACAAGAACUCGAAUCAGAAUUAUCACAGGAAUCACUAAAUGACUGGCCGCAACUCACCGACCACAUCACCCCCACCCUUCUGUCGCGCAUUCUCGGCUCGACUCCCACUGCCACUCCUCCAACCACCACAGCCGUUGUUACUACAACCCAUGGAGAUAUACUAACGUCACGGCCACUGCGCUGGACCGUGUCCUCCGGUAGUUCCGCUGUGCGAGAUCGCGAUGAUAUCCCGGGCCUCUCCACUGCAGAGGUAGCCAGGGCCUAUGACACGGGCAUAGCAAGCGAGCAGGAGAAAGAACUGCGUUUUUUGCCUGUGGAUCUGAAGCGGACGUGGAGGACUGGUGCGGUGGGGCGGGAGAGGACGGAGGCGGCGCAGGAUCGGUCGUGGGCGUUGGGAGAUCUGGUGGGGAGAUUUGGACAAGGGGUAUCUGGUACAGAUAAUCUUACAGCUACGGCUGGGGUGGGGGAAAUUGUUGGAUCUACAACUGGUACCAUCGACGGUGAAAGUCAGGAGGCUGGCGAAGCGCAGAUCCUCGGCGAGCUACAAUUUACGUUCCUGAUGGUUCUUACGUUGAUGAACUUCUCGUGCCUGGAGCAGUGGAAGCGGUUGCUAGGGUUGGUAUUGACGUGUCGAGCAGCGGUGCUUGUGCGGGAGAAGUUCUUCGUGCAGGUUCUGCGUCUGCUGCGUCUGCAGCUGAGACACUUUGAUGAUGUUGAGGGGGGAUUGUUUGAUCUGGAUGGUGAUGAUGGAGGUGCGUUGUUGAGGGAAUUGCUUAUGGGGUUCUCGCGGGCUGUGAAGGAUAUUGUAGAGGCGGAGGGACAACUGGUUAGGCAGGAAUUGGAGAAGUUGGAGAAUUGGGUUAAGGGGCGAUAUGGUUGGGAGCUUAGACCGGGAGCGACAGUUAAAAGGGGAAUGUUGGAGUUGGAGGAUGGGGAGCAGGUGGAAGUGGAGAUUAGCGGGGCAAAUGAAGAGGAUGAGAUGGGGGAGUAUGCUCCGGUUAUUGUUGAUUUGGGAGAGGGAGAUAGCCUUGAAAAAGGCUUGGUAGAGGAAGUGGAAGAGGACGAGGAGGCGGGUGAGUCCGUAGCAUGA